GUUUUACUCGAAACGGUUCGUGAUUGCUCGGCGCAUGGCGGCAACGGGCGCCGUCUAGCCGAUCGUCGUCGCCCCGUUCUUCCCUUGCCCUGUACAUGGGGUGUGUCACCAGCCAGCCGCGCCCUGCCUCGAUUGCUGUGACCACCGAUCCUGACCCCGCCCCCCGCAGCCUCGAAGAAGAGCGUGCUGUCGAUAGCCGUGUGAUGUCCCAGCUACAGCUUUCGACCACGAACGCUCGCGCCACCACCGAUCUCGUCAAGAAGGUCACGACCGACGUUCAUGACUUUGAUAUGGACGGCCACGUUGUGCAGCCUGCAGCAUCACUCAAAGAUCCGAUCUCCGACCGAUUGCAGCCCAAUGCGUUUGUUCGCACUGAGCUGCCAACGCAAAUCGUGCCAAGUAGCAAAAGUCCUUUGCCACAACUCAAGUUACCCAACGCGACGCUCGCGAACCAGCCUCCGCUCGAGUACGCGCUCUCCCGGCCGCCGACGCCCAAGACCAUCCAGCCCAGUGCCAAUUGCGACGUCCGACGGGCGUCGUUUCGUGGUCGCGGAAGCUUCCGAGGACGUGGCGGGCGUGUGCCGCCGGCAGGCCGCCCCCCCGCUGCCGCCGCGACCCCGACGCCAACGCUGGCGCCCGCCGACUCUAAUUUCGACGACGAUAUGAUUCAAGUCGUCGACACGAGCGGGUCCGAGAGCGAUAACGGCAGUAGCUUUGCCGAUGUCGAGCCAGCGGAGGCGCACGACUGGCUUGCUUCGAGCCACUCGUUUCUUGGCGCGGCUACCAUCGUCGGCAGUGACGACUCGGACAACGGCGAUGACGAUGAGGGUGUCGACGAUUGGCUCCAAAGCGGGCCACGCCCCGACAUUCCGACCAAGGACAAGGAGCAUACCAGUGUCCAAGAGACGCCGGACGUCCCGGCGCAGUCCAAAGCGCGCACGGAAAGUGUCGAGAUGAAAUCUGGGGCGUCUUCGAACGAGCCUCUGCCUCUCGUGGCAGGCGCUGGUAUCCGAGACACGACGGUCGUCAAGAAGAAGAAAGCGCAGCUGCCCACCCACAAUUUGCCGCACCCGACGCCGAUCUCGGGCGAUUGGCUCAAUUCGCGCACGAUGAUCAACAACUACAUCAUCUUGGAGAGCCUCGGUGUCGGAAGCUACGCCGAGGUCAAGCUCUGCAAAGAGAAGGCAUCCGGGCAGCUCUUUGCCAUGAAGUUUAUUGACCGCGAUAUCAUGCACAAGCACGGCAAACUCAAUCGGCAGCCGGACGCGCUCAACGACAUCAAGCGCGAGAUUGCCAUCAUGAAGAAACUGAAUCACCCCAACGUACUGCGGCUCUUUGAGGUCAUGGACGACCCGCACGUCAACAGACUUUUUCUCGUCCUCGAGUACAUGCAGCUCGGCGACUUGUUGAGUUUUCAAAAAAAGACAAAGCCGAUCUCGACCACCGACACGAUUUGUGCGCCGAUGCUCGAUCCCGAGCUGCACGGCGUCGCCCUCCAAGUGCUCCACGGCCUGUCGUACCUCCACGACCAAAACAUCGUCCAUGGCGACCUCAAGCCCCAGAACCUCCUCAUCGGCGAAAAGGGCAUUGUCAAGAUUGCUGACUUUGGCAUUUCCCAAAAUUUGUAUGGCAGCAAGCAGCAGCUCCUCGAGUCCAAGGGUACGCCGGCGUUCAUGUCGCCCGAAAUGUGCUCGGGCGUGCAGUACUCGGGCCAACUGGCCGAUGUGUGGGCGGUCGGCGCGACCUUGUACAUGCUCAAGUUUGGCAACCCGCCGUUCGUGGCAAAAACGGCUCUCCAAGUCUUUGAGAAGAUUCAGAACGAUCCCGUUCUACUCCCGCCGGGCGUGGACCCGGCGCUCGCCGACUUUUUGUACAAAAUUAUGACCAAGGACCCGAGUCGUCGCCUGGCGCUGGCGGACGCAUUGAGCCAUCCGUGGAUCACAAAAGACCGGUCGCUGCGCCGGCGACCCCUCUUGAACGUCCGGAUCACAGUGUCGGCCGACGAAAUCGACAGCGCCAUUCACGCCACGUCGUCUCCGCUCCAUGCUACAACGUCCAACGCGGGGCUCCCGUCGCUCAUCGCCGACCGCCCAGCGCCAACCAAGACGUCGUCCAGUGCCACCGAGUCCAAGGCUUUGGGGGGCAGUGCGCCACCAACAACGCCACCGACACUGGUGCUCGAGGCCAAGACGCCAGGCGACACCCGGAGCCACCACUUGCAGGCGCUGCACCGCAAUAGCGGGUCGAGUAAGCGGCGGUCGCUGCUCCAGAAGCGCAAUCAGCACCUCUCGAGCGAAGAGAUGCACUAUCGCAGUGAAAUGUUUGCUCAAAAGAAGAGCCAUCCGCGGCUCAUUGCGCGCAACGAAGGCUCGUUUGACGACCUCCUUCAGCCCUCAAACGACGGCGUCAACUCGAGCGACGACGACGACGAUGGCGACGACGACGACGAGCAUGCGAUCGCCCCCUCGAUGCAUCAUCUUGACGAGCUGCUCUUGACGACACUGGCGCCCACCGCACAAGCCGUUUUGCCACCCAAUUUGGACAACAUGGACGCGCUCACGGCGUCAUCGGCCAACUUGAUGCUGCGCGAGCCGUGCAAUGCACUGCUGCAUAUCCGCUUGGCGUUGGCGAGCGUCCAGGGCCGGCGCACGACCCAGGAAGACCGGUGCAUGGUCAUCCCAAACCUCGCAUCGUACGACUGUGGCCGCGAGACCAUGGCGUUUGUGGCAAUCUACGACGGCCACGGCGGCGUGACGGCCGCCAGCUACCUCCAAGAACAUUUACACCGUUGCAUGCUGCGAACUCUAACGCUGAACGCCACUCCUCGUGCCAUUGUGGAUACUAUCCAAGACGCCUGUAUUGCGCUAGACAGCGACCUCUGCGAUUAUUUGUACGCGAGCGACUGCCCGAGCGGCUCGACGGCGACGUUUGCAUUUCUAGAGGUUGUGCCGGCGUCGCGCCGCCGCCUCGUGCUUGGCCAUGUGGGCGACUGCCGCGCCGUGCUGUGCCGCGACGGCGCCGCCAACGUCCUUACCAAAGACCACCGGUGCACGACCAAGGACGAAGUCGACCUCGUCGUUGGCAUCAUUGGUGCCCACGCCAUUAUCAACAACCGCAUCAACGGUGUGCUUGCGAUCACGCGCACAUUUGGCGACCUCGAGUUCAAAGGUCGGACGCGCAAAGCGUCCGAGCGCGCCGCCCGCGUCUACUCGCAAGAGACCGUCAACACUGUACUAAGCGCGACCCCGGACGUGUUGAUCGUUGAGAUUGAGCCCUCGGAUGCCUUCUUGCUCCUCGCCUGCGACGGGCUUUGGGAAGCCAUGGACUGCGACGCUGCUGUCGCGUUUGUCGUGAGCCGCUUGGCGCUGCAUGGCCAGCUGCAGGUGGCGGCCGAAGAGCUCACGCAAGAAGCGGUGCGGUGUCUCUCGAGCGACAACGUGAGUGUCAUCCUCGUCGACCUCACCAACGCCUCACCACGCGCAGUGGUCUAAACCCAACCUCGUAUUUAUGAUUUUGUUCUCGAC